AUGAAGAGUAAAACGGAGUUGUCAAGUCUUCUCUAUGAUCUCUCAGAGCUCAGUGGCAAAGGUCGUCUGACUGAUGGUCAAGCAAUUAAAUUUAAAAUAUAUUUUGCUAAAGCAAUUCGUAAAAAUAAGACUGAUAUAAAUAAAUUAUAUCGAGCUUCAUGGGCGAUAUUCAAUCAUCAUUACUCAACAAAUGAAGAACCAAUGCAUGAUUGGUGCGAUGCGAAAUGGUGUAAGCAUCUACAAGCUAACUCAAACUUUGUGAAUUCCAAAACAUCUAUUCCACGAGCAUGCUUGAAUAUGAUACGACCGGUUUUCGAUGAACUUUGUUCUCAAACUAGUUUAACUCGUAUUGUGGGCGAUGGAUCACAAAAUGCUAACGAGGCCUACCAUUCGUUAUUAUGGACUAUGGUUCCAAAACACCGCUAUUGUUCAUCAACCACGCUUCGUAUUGGAUUGGGAUUAUCUACUAUUAUUUAUAACGAAGAAUACGAAGCAUUGAAUAAAAUAUUUAAAAGCAUAUUCUUGUCUGUGGGCUGUUAUUUCACUGAAUGUCUUCGCAGACUUGAUGUUUUAAGAAAUUCUCGUACUUCGAAAACUACGAACAAGCAUUCAAAACGUGCAAAAACAACAACAACUGUUGCCGCAAGUACUGCUUCAACUGAAACUGGUGAUGAAAUGACAUAUACCCUAAACGAAGAAAACUUGGAUUUCAGUGUAAACGAUAUUGCAUUGAAACUCGAUGGUAUUGCGUUAGAACAAUCGGAUGAUGAUAUCACUGAUACAUAUGAAGCAGCUGGUGAUGAUUAA